GGAAGUGAGGGAAUCGGUUUCUCCACGCGGGUUGUCCUCCCUCCCUCUCAGUGCGCACAGGCGAGACCCUCCUUCUGAGUCCCUUGAGCAGCCAGCAAGAGAGCACGCCCCCAGACAGCCGCCCGCCCGUACGAGGCAACCCCAGCCUUCUCCUCCUUCUCGCUCGCAUAGGGACCCAUAGAGCCCAGCUCCAGAUCCAGCUCCCCGCCCGCAGAUACCUCACCCGCCCGCAAAAAAUGUCGCUCCCGUACGGCAACACUUCGCCGUCAAAGCACUACCCGCCAUCAGCCGCCUCCCCUUCACCACACCAACAACAACAACAACAGCAGCAGCAGCAGCACUACCACCACCACUCCACCUUCUCGCCAAAUUCCUCCUCAUCUCCCUACCUCCAAAAUGGCGCCCUCCCGCCACUUCCGGCAACUUCAUCCCCACGCGUCCAACGCUCACUCACAAGCGACACACCAAUCUCAACAACGAUCAACAUGAACGGGCUCGGCAUGGGGGGCGGGUCACGGCCCGGCACGCCGUCCAAAGCCCAAGCAGCGGCGGCCAUGACUCCCUCCGCGCGGUACGCCACGACGAGUCUCGCGGACACCAUCUCGCAGCACACCACCGAUCUGGCGUCGGGGCUAACGACGCAGGAGGCGGGCUACCGACGGCAGAUCCACGGUGCGAAUGAAUUGACGCCGACGGAUGCCGAGACGUUGUGGUCAAAGUUUGCGGAACAGUUCAAGAAUCCGUUGAUAUUGUUGUUGUUUGGGUCCGCGGCCGUUUCGUUGCUGUUGGGGGAGGUGGAUGAUGCGGUGAGCAUUGCGCUUGCGAUCGUGAUUGUGGUCACCGUGGCGUUUGUGCAGGAGUAUAGGAGCGAGCAAAGUCUGGAGGCGCUGAACAAGCUGGUGCCGCACUACUGCCACGUGUUGCGGGAUGGUGGGCAGUUGAGCACUGUCCUGGGGACGGAGCUGGUGCCGGGGGACGUGGUGCGGUUUAGCACCGGGGACCGUAUCCCCGCCGACGUGCGGCUGGCGACCGCGCACGAUCUGCAGAUUGACGAGUCGAGCUUGACGGGGGAGAACGAGCCGUGUGGGAAACAUCAUGAUGUCGUGGAGGGCGAUAGCGUCGACUUACCCCUCGCGGACCGGCGGAAUAUCGCAUUCAUGGGCACGCUGGUACGGAACGGGCACGGGUCGGGUAUCGUGGUCGGCACGGGCACCCACACCGAGUUCGGGAUGGUGUUCAGCAUGAUGAAGGAGGUCGAGGUGCGCAAAACACCGUUGCAGAUGAAGAUGGACCAUCUCGGCAAACAGCUCUCGCUACUCUCCUUUGUCAUCAUCGCCAUCAUCACCCUCAUCGGCAUCGCCCAGGGCCGCCAGUGGCUCGAGAUGUUCACCAUCGGCGUCUCCCUCGCCGUCGCUGCCAUCCCGGAGGGUCUCCCCAUCGUCGUGACGGUAACCCUCGCCCUGGGCGUGCUCCGCAUGGCCAACCGCCACGCGAUCGUCAAAAAGCUGCCGUCGGUCGAAGCCCUGGGAUCAGUCAACAUCAUCUGCGCGGACAAGACGGGCACCCUGACGAUGAACAAGAUGACCGUGCGCAAGAUCUUCACCCUCGCCCAGCAACGGGUCGUUGACCUCGAGGAAGCGGCCGACCGCGAUAUGGUAACGUUACCCGCCCCGAUGAUGCUGUACAAGAUCGGCAAUCUGUGCAAUAACGCGCAUGUCGAUGAGAGCGGGCAUACGGUCGGGCAGCCGACUGAGAUUGCGUUCUUGGAACUGAACCGCCGGCUCGGAUUACCUGAUGAACGUGUGCAGGCGACAAAGGUCUCGGAACAGCCGUUCAACGCCGAGCGGAAGUGGAUGGCUGUGGAAUACCGCAGCAACACCACGCAGCAAUUCACCACCGCCGCGCACUCCCCCUCGCCCACUCCCCAACAACAAACACUAUUCUACGUAAAAGGCGCAACCGAACCCGUCCUCGCCCGCUGCAAACGCUACUACGUCGGUCCUAACGACGAACGCGUCCUUGACGCCUCGGUGCGCACCCUCGCGGAAACGAUCGCGCAGACGGUCGCCCAGCAAGGGUUGCGGCUGCUGUUCCUGGCGUAUGGACCGCGGUUGGAUGAUCUGACCCUCGUCGGCUUUGUCGGGAUGUACGACCCCCCACGGCCCGGUGUACCCGAGGCGAUCGAGACGCUUGUGAAGGGCGGGGUAAGGAUGAUGAUGAUUACCGGGGAUUCGGCCGGAACAGCAACCUCCAUAGCCCACCAACUCGGCAUUCCCCUCUCCCCCACCUCUUCCACCGCCAUCCUCUCCGGCCCAACCCUUGACACCCUCUCCCCGCACGACCUUCCGCACGCCCUCAGCACCUGCUCAAUAAUCUACCGCGCAACCCCUAAACACAAAAUGGCCAUCGUCCGCGCCCUCCAAUCCACCGGCAACAUCGUCGCCAUGACCGGCGACGGGGUCAACGACGCGCCCGCUCUGCGCCUAUCCGAUAUCGGCAUCUCGAUGGGGAAGAGCGGCACGGACGUCGCGAAGGAGGCCGCGGACAUGAUUCUGGUCAACGACGAUUUCGCGACGGUCUUGUACGCGAUCGAGGAAGGCAAAUCCAUUUUCUACAAUAUCCAGAACUUCCUCCGGUUCCAGUUAUCCACCUCCUUUGCGGCGCUGUCCUUGAUCGCCAUCGCCACAUUGGUCGGGUUACCCAACCCCUUGAACGCGAUGCAGAUCCUGUGGAUCAACAUCAUCUGUGACGGCCCCGUUGCGCAGUCGUUGGGGGUGGAGAAGGUGGAUCCGGACGUGAUGAAACGGCCGCCGAGGGUUCAGAGUGAGCCGAUUGUGAACAGGGAGCUUGUGGGGAGGGUGUUGGGGAGCGCGGCGGCGGUGGUGGUCGGGACGGUGUUUGUGUAUGCGCAGAAUGUGGUGCCGGAUGUCGGGGGUGCGGUCGGCGUGGGGGAUGUGCCCGGGGUGGAAUUGGAUGAGGCGACGAGGUUGGCGAGGCGGGGGACUACCAUGUGUUUUCACCCCCAGACAUUCACAGUCUUCGUCCUAACCUCCCUCUUCAACGCGCAAACCUGCCGCUCCCCCACACGUUCCCUCCUCUUCGGCCCGCGCGCGCUGGGCCUCUUCACCAACAAGCUGUACAACCUCUCCGCUCUCCUCUGCGUUCUCUUCCAGUUCGCCGCGGUGCAUACGCCCUUUCUGCAGAAGGUGUUCCAAACAACCCCGUUGAGUUUCGGCGAUUGGCUCGGGUUGUUUGGCGUGGCCGCUGGGGUGUUGGCGGUUGAUGAGGCGGGCAAGUGGUGGAGACGGCGGAGCCGCGUUGGGGGGUGGACUGAAGCGGGCGCGGAGCGGAGGGGGAGUAGUUACCCCGCGCCACCGCCGCCGCCGAUGAUGUCGCCCCAGUUGAGGACGCCCGCGGCGGUGGGGGGGUGGGAUGGGUGGCGGGAGCGGGCGAUGGGGUGGUUGGCACCUGUGGGGGAUGGGGGUGCGGAGGCAAAGGCGUGGAAGGAUGGAGGGUAUGAGACUAGGCUACCGCUUGUCGGGGGGGAAAGUGUGUAGGGAGGCGGGGAUGGCGAUCGACACGUUUCUCAGCGGCCGACCGUUGGAUGCCCGCCGUGAUUCCCCCCAUCCCCUCGGUGCCUUCCUCUCGCGGUUCGCCCCCACAGAUCUGCCCCUCAACCCUCGAAUACGUGACCACCACCAGCUGCACGCAUCGCAUCGGAAAAAUCCACCACCCCGCAUACCGGUGGAUACGCACAUUAAAACAUCACAUAGCCAACCCUUCCCCCCGCGUCGCUGUACCCUUACGGCCGCAUUCUGUUCGUAACAUUCCCACCCCCCUGACGCCGAAUACGCAUAGACUUCUGAACAUACAUAUAUACCCGCCACU